AUGAGCAAGCUCGAAAGGUUACGCCCGCCAGCGCUCCAGCUACCCGACGACCUCGAUUCCUCCGCCGCCUCGCUCUCUCGCCCCAAGAAUCCCCACCCUCUCCUACCAGCUCAGCCGGACCUCGCCCUCACGAAGGUUCGAUCGCCUGCCACGGCAGCCGCGCGCAAUCCCAAGCGCAUCGUGCUGCAGCGCUGCCACGUAUGCAAUCUGUUAUCCAUCCCGCCAUGUCGCACGUGCCACCUUUUCCUCCCCAGUUCGUUUCCUCCCCAAACCGCUGCUUCCGCCCACCCAUCGUCGUCGCAACUCGUCUCGUCACGCCCCUCAAAUCUGGACCAAGGUAGUAGCAACAGCAGCGACAUCGUCGAUUUCACCACGUGGCUGGAUAUCCGCAACUUGCCGUGUCGCAUGAUGGAACUCGCUAUGACUGGCUACUCGUCCAGCUCUCCGCCUUUCCAUUCCAUUGAAGGUAAUCGUUCUCUCGAGCCGCGAGGCCGUCCCUGCGGCAAGUGCGCCGAAGAUUCGCUUCUUGGGGAAGGAAGCAGGGAAUAUGAGGCAGCGGCGCAUGGGGAGUAUCGCAAGCCGGGCGGGAGCGGAGCCAAGAGCGCGCCGAGCGGGUGGACGGCUGCGCGCGCCGCCGCUGCGGGAAGCGCGUGGGAGCUUCAGUCUCUGUGGGAGUGGGCGGGACAAAUGCUGACGCGAGUGGAGGAGGCGCAGUCACGUCAACCAAAUGCGCGGCAGGCGAAUCAACGGCUGGAUCUGAGAACGCGGUGCGAAGGGAGGACGGGGGAGCGACAAGCCCCAUCGUCUUGUGGCUAG